AUGAGGCGCAGAAGGCGCAGAGACUCACGCUGCAGAGAGCCCCGGGCGCGUGGUCAGUCGCCAGCAGGCCGCAGCCGCAUCCAAGAUUUGCGGCAUGAGUUCGAGCGAGAGCGCUCUCGUUCCCGGACUCCGCGGCCUUCAGCGAUGGAGCUGCGAGACGAAGUUCAGGAACUCGUGGAGAACCUCAUGGAUCUAGACUUUCCCAAUGACGACUUGCGAGCCCCUUGGGCCAAGAUUCUGCACCUGCGUAAGCGGCUUAUCAGCGGUGACGAAACUGCACGUGGCGAGCACGAUUCUGAACUUCCACGGGAUGUGCAGGAAGCAGCCUUCCAGAAGACAAAUUGGAAAGGAAAGCUGCAGGAGCUGUACAAUGGAAGCUUUCGAAAAAACGUCGAGAAGGGCGAGAUUAAGUACACGACAUCGGAAGUGACGAGCGCGACAACCGUUGCAUUUCGGUCGGUAGUGGAGGCAAGUAGAUUCCAAUAUGCCUACCAUGGACAAAUUUGCCACGCGAAGAAGCUUGCUGAGCACUCUGCGGCACAUGCGGCUAUUUGUGCAGAGUUUCCUGACUAUAACUGGCGUGAAGCCUUGCCGCUGCCUGAGCCUGAUUACCAAGGCUCCUCACGGGCUUUGCGUUUCAAGAGUGAGCUGCAUGAGACGAUCAAGGCACUGACCAAUAAGGAAGUCACAAGGGAUGAUCUGCCAUAUGAAACGUCGUUUUUCCCGGACAACGAUCGGGACCAGCAGUACGUCGCUCGUGUUACGCUGGCUUGUUUGGACAAAUCAAGCUACACUGGAAGACCUGCCAUGAACAAGAAGCUGGCGGAGCAGGCUGCUGCUGAGGAAAUGAAGCGACUUGAAGUUCAGAAAGCUCGCAAACAGAAGGCCCGUGAAAGGGCGGAGCAGAAGGGACUGCACAGCCAGACGGUGCAGGAUGAGGAAGAGAGCAGCUACACUUAUGGUGACAGUGAAUCUGGGGAUGCAGACCCAGCCGCUCCAGUGCAGUAG